AUGGAUUUCUCUAAUCCCAAUGCUCCGAUGAUCAUGAACCACCACCUAGGAGUCUUCUCCUCCUCCGACAAGCUCGCCUGGUCUCCAGACCAAAUCGAUAUCAUGAUCGACUUCGAGCUCAGCCAUCCUACCUUUUCCGAGUACAUCCGUCAUCAAACUUCGAAAGCGCAAUCAAGCGGCCAAGCUUUCUCGUUCGAGAAUCUCGCAAUCCCUUUCUCUCUGUGGCGUCAUCUCGGCUUCGAAGAACUCGACGAGCGCACGACCAACUUCAAAGGAGAACGCAUCCAGCCACUCGUCGAAGGACAGAUCCGCGAUGCGCUCGAGCAUUUGUGGCAGCAGAAAGGGGAGCGUGAGCGGAGCGUUGAAGAAGAGAAGAUUAAGUUUCAGGCUGCUGCUGCGGCGGGCCAGUUGGAGAAUUCGGCGUGGUACUUGGCUCCGGGGAGCAAGGGCUACGGUGCGAAAGAUAAUGGGUAUCAGAUGACCAAUGCUCAUCAGAGUACUAAUGCUUACCAGAAUGGCAAUGCCCAGCAGCUUGCCAACGCUCACUUCAUCAAAGCCGGCAGCCCUCAUCAUACUCCUGGCCGUAGCGAGAAUCAAGGUCCAACCCGUAUGAAGAUAGAAGAGGGCCGUCGCGAGAUGGGAGACAUGAGAAGCGACGGAGGCUUGAGCGGAAUCAAAGAUCGUGUCGCAAAUGGAUGGGACGGUGCGCUGAAAAUGAUGGAUGGCGUCGAAGGCCCAUGGAAGGGAAUGGGUGGAAAAGGCAAGACGAACAGCAGCCCAAGUCCUAAGUCCCGCAAGUUCAAGGUCAAGCAAGAGGAAAAGCAUGUGGCGUUCAAGGAGUCUCAGAGACUCCAACGAAUGAUCGAUGAGCUUGCUGAAGAAGAGGAGGCUAUUGAUAAGGAGAUUGAUGAGCUCGCGAGCCAGAUGCAGCAGAUGAUGGCGCAGUGA